AUGAAGCGCAGUGCUUCGGAGGCCCUGGUGGUGGCUGAGAAGUCGCAGCUGCCACAGCUGCCUUUGCAGCUGUGGUUGAGCCCAAGGAUCUUGGAGGAGAAGGCGGCGUCGCUGAAAGUCUUGGUGGCCUCCCAGCCACGGUAUGCCGCCUUGGCCGAGUCUGAGGACGGCGCCUUGCUGGUGCUGCCCGACUUUCAGCAGGAGGAGCUCGCCGCCUUGGAGAAGCGAAAGAGGCGGGUGCUGGGCCUGCCUUUCGUCGAGCGCUUCUUGCAGGACCCCUGUUUGCUGGGAAAGGUGCCGGCCUUGCCGCUCUUCGACCUGAUCUACCGCAGCCCUGGGGCCAUUUGCUUCUCCGCCAUGGAGCCGGCGCUGCGGGCGCGGCAGCAGGGCCUGGCGCGGUGGCUGGGGGGAAGGACCAGCGGCGAGCUGCAGAGCAGCGAGCUGCUGGUGGCCACCAGGGUCAGCAUUUGCCCAGAGUCGAAGUACCAGGAGGCGUUGAGUCGACGGCUGCCAGUGGUGAAGCCCAGCUAUUUGGAGGCCAUGUGGGCUGAGAAGCAGCUGGUGGACGUGCAGUCACACCAUCUUCCUCCCUUGGCUGGCUUGGCGAUUUGCUUUGAUGCAGAUUGUCUUGCAGACCGGGAGGGCGCGAGCCUGAGAGAUGCCGCCAUGGCGCAAGGGGCGCUCAUUGUGGCCUUCGAUCAAGCAGAGCUCGUGGUGGUGUCCGAUGCAUCUCGACCGUUGUACCAGGUGGCCCGGCGGCUGGGGCAGCCGGUGGCGCCGCCGAAGUGGCUGGAGCGGUGCCUGCAGAUCAGGUGCUGCCUGCAAGUGACGGGGGACCUGGAGGUGCCGCAGCCGGGUGUGGUGGGCUCGGCGGAGGGCCAGGUGGAGCUGAUCCUCCAAAACUCGGUGCUGUGCCUCUUGUACCUGGAACCAGGGAGCCGCGAGUCAGCCCGGGCCUGGGCUCGGCGCUGCGGCGCCUGGACCACCCGCAGCCCCCGGGAUCCGGGCGCGACGCACGUGCUUUUCAAUGUGCUGCCACGGACCUCGGUGUGCGUGUCCAUACCCGUGGACGAGGAGAUUCAUUUUUUGGAUGUCUCCUGGCUGGAAGCCUGUGCGACCAGUGGCAAAAGAGCCUCAGAGUGGGACUUCCCCAGGCAACAGGUCAUCUACAAUCCAGCCAGCGACUCCUUUGCCAAUGACUUGCGGGAGCCUCGCAAGCUGCGGAAGGUGCACAGCAUCCUGGACGAGGAGUCGUUGCCGGCAGUGACAGCUUCCACCGCCGCUCCGUCGCUCUCAGAUUUGCCGGCCCCACUGGCAGAUGCGGAGCCGAGCCUUUCCCCACCAUCUGCGGAGGGCAUCUUUAAGGGCUUGGUGUUGGGCAUCGCCCUGCGCGAUGAGGCGAAGGUGGUGCAGAUGGUGUGCCAGAAUGGUGGUACUGCGGUGCACGGUGUGGGUGGCAAUAUUGCGGCGUUGUCGAAGUCCAAGCUGGACUACUGCAUCUGCGGCAAUGGCCCAGUGACCAACGAAAGGGGCUUGCCAUUGGCAACGCUGCACUGGGUGAAGGCCUGCGCCGAAGAGAAGACGUUGCACUCCACCGACGCCUAUCCGCACUUCCAGCCCAGCAGCCAUUCGUUUCCCCUGGCCUCCAUGUCCAGGUUUCUCAUCCGCAUCACUGGCUUGGACGAGUAUCGGCAGAGCACCAUCCAGCGCAGGCGGCUUGAGGAGCUGAUUCAAGUUCUUGGUGCCAAAGUUGCACAACACAACAACCGCCAGUCGGAGCUGACGCAGAUCGUUUGUGCUGUGGUUGCGAACCUGGACCCGCGCAUUGCAGACAGCGCAAAGAAGCGGCAGAUCCCCGUGGUCUCGGUUCAGUGGUUGUUCGACUGCUUCCGCCUUGGAAGCCAUCAGCCAGAAGCUAACUACGCCAGCAGUGCCAGCUCCGUCUCGGCCGCGAUAGAAGGAGCCGCGCCGGCGGCGAGUUCCGUGGCGGUGCUGGCGAAGUGCGAGGUCUUCGUCUCGCUCAGCGCGGUGGCGGCGGAGCCCAAGUUGAUGCAGAUGGCCAAGGAGCUCGGGGCCUCGGCGCGAAGCUUCCGCCGCUGCAGUGAGCUGGAGCUGACAGAAACCGGCGACGCCGUGGUGGUGGUGGAUAAAGAGGAGGCGAGACAAGGCCAGCUGGAGCCCGUUGAGAAGUGGACGCCGGAGCUUCGGGCGCUCUUUGUGCAGCCCAGCUGGCUGCUGGAGACCUAUUCCCAGCGCCGGCGCUUGCCGCUGCAGACCUUCGGAGCCUUUCCGGAGGAAAGCACCAAGAAGCUUCGUUUGGCGGAGGCAGCCUAUGCCUGGCAGCCCGCGGAGCUGAAGCGGCUGGAAGAGCUGUCAGAGCAAGCGCGCGCUCGCGACCUUCAGUCCAAGGCGCAGCAGAAGGUCACGGAGGGCCUGCGCCUCGCGAAGCUGGGCUCCUGA